AUUUGUUACGCACUUUUACUGUAAGGAUACAGGAUUUCUAAGUUUUGAGCAAGAUGAAAUUCAUCUAUAUGUAUACGAAACAUUCGAUCUAACUCAUACUGUCAUUGAACGCCUAUAAUAAACAAGUUGCAAGGAGCAGCGCCUCGAAGAACUUUAUAGAGACAUGAUGUUCUUGGUUCCUAUGCAGAGACUUAUGAAAAGGCAACUCUUUUCUUUUCAUUUGAGAGCCUGUUCCCCAAAACCUUUAAUGCCUGAAAAGCAUGGAAAUGGGAAAUCAGCAUCCUUCCAUGGUCCGGCUCCAGGAGAUUGUAAAGGAAGUUAAGGUCCUUGGGCAGCAGGUGGCAUCCUUCAGUGGUCUGCAGAGUGAUAAAGACUAUCGUAAAUUGGAGAGGGCCUUAACGCGCCAGCUUUUCGAGAUCGAUUCUGUGGAAACAGAGGGCAAGGGGGACAUCCAGCAGGCAAGAAAGAGGGCAGCGCAGGAAGUGGAAAGCCUGCUGAGGCAGCUAGAACAGAAUGUCAACCAUCCCAUGCGGCUGGAGAUUGAGAAGAUCUACCUGGAGGCACAGAACCGCAUCACCCAGGAGGUGAGGAUCCUCCGUGGAGGAGGGGGUAACAUUAGCGAUGAGUUUGUGGAUGGCAUCCAGGAUGUCAUUUUGCGCCUGACCCAGAUCAAAACUGGAGGAAAGGUGCACCUGCGUAAAGCCAGGUAUCGUGCUCUGACAAGAGUAUGUGCAGUACAUGACAUUAUUGAGAACUGCAUGAAGCAACAGGCACAGUGUCUUCCACUUUCAGAAGGCAUCCAUGUGUCUGUACCCAAGAUCAAUGCCAUUAUGGUUGAGGUCAAUAAGUCUCGAGGGGAUCUGAUUGCCCUGCUUAUGGGAUUAAACAAUGAAGACAGCUGUGGACACCUCUCCCGUGUCCUUACAGGACUUCUGGUGGAACUUGAUGCUCUUGAUGUGUCUGGGAACACUCAAGUUCGUAAUUACAGGAAGCAGGUGGUAGAGGAGAUCAACAGCCUACUGAAGCACUUGGAUCUGGAGGGUGAGGGGGACUCCACCUGCAGGUAUGACUUGGCUAAGAAUGAGUCCAUCCAGAAGAUUGAGGAGAUUCGUCGCACGGUAGCCCAACUGCAGAGUGAGCUUGUAAAAACUGAAACAACACAAGAGCUUCAUUUCAAACCCAAGGCUGAACUACAGGGAUUGUUGACCAAAUUAGAUGAGGUGAGCACUGCCAGGAACCCCUGCAUUCGGGAGGCAAGGCGUAGGGCAGUGCUGGAGGUGCAGGCAGUGAUCACCUAUAUUGACCUGAAAGAGGCUCUAGAGAAACGGCAGGCUGCUCUGCCCUAUGCGGACGAGCAUCCCUCCCAUAAGGCCGUAUGGAAUGUCUUGACCAGCCUGUCUGAACUUCAGAGAAAGGUGCUAGAGUUUGGUGGAAAAAGAGCUGACAAAAGCUACAUCAUGUUAGAAGAGCUACUCACGAAACAGCUUCUGACGCUUGAUGCUGUUGAUCCACAGGGCGAUGAGAUGUCCAAAGUUGCCCGGAAACAGGCAGUUCGGUUUGCCCAAACUAUUCUCAACUACCUGGACAUGAAAACAGAUGAGUGGGAGUACUGAUGCGAGUUGGUACCCUGUAAAGUGUUGGGUGUGUCCACUUUGUGACAUUUCUAGAGCAGCUGCAUUGACAAGUGGAGUCUGCUUUUGGUCCCUCGUCUUUGAAGUUACGCUAGUGCGUGGUUUUGUGCUUGUAUCUGCUCAUUGUGCACUUUAUCAAAAAAGCAUGAAAACGUCUUGUGUUUUUGGAUUCAAAAUAGACCAGAAGGGCUCUAUGAUGUUCUCGAGUAUGACCUUGAGAGAUGUGAACAGCUGUUUAGACACCUGAUGACGAGGUGGUGCCACCCAGGGGAGAACUGAGUGUGUGUUUCCCACAUAUAUGAAUAAAUUACAGCCUUUCAGUCUGA